UUUUGCCUCCACGAGGCAAAGAAGAGGUAAGGUCCUGCCAUGAGCGACGCAGAGGAGAACAAGCACGACGAUGUGCACUCCGAUCAUGAAGAGGAGGAAGGUAGAGAGUUUAUUGUGCCUGUCCACGUGCAGGACUUGGAGCUUAUCAAACGAGAUCGACUGUUUGUCGUGAACGUCACAGAUCUCCUUGAUGGAUCCAAGGACGACCACGUCCGUCAACUCAAAGAACUUCAACGUCGCAUUCAAAGUGAGCCAUUGGGUGUUGUCGAGACGGAUGUAUUCGACAUGCUCUACAGCUUCGUCAAAAUCCUAAAAGUGAUGAGCGACGAAGCGCGAGUAGUCCUGCUUCUUUUGGCUAGUUCUACGCUGAGUGAUAUCGUGAAAGAAAUCAAGAGGGGACAAUUCGAGUCAUCAAAACAAGCUCGUAAUGCCUUAAAGGUCAUGUCGUUUGUGCUGUGCCAAACGCUCAUGCAAAUUCGAAACGUUCAAGUCGACGAAGACAAGGACAUUCUUCAGAAAAAGGAUAAGGCGUCGAAAGGAAAGCAAAUCAACUGGGGCAAGCAUUGCGAAACUGGCGUCAAAGCACUUGAAGAGUCUCUUUGUGACCAGAGCUUGGCGCUUUGGAACAUGAACACGCCGGAAGAGGAAUUCAUCGGUCUAUAUUGCACAGCAGUAUUUCAAUUGCUGGAAAGUCCGGGCUUGCUCAAGUCCAAGUUGCUCAAGUCUCUUAUCUACAAGUGCGUGGGGGAGUGCCUCAUCCGCGCACCCCGCGUCCUUGUAACCGUCAACACAUCGUUGCUGGAACUCGUCUUUGCACAUGAACACUUGGCAGUGCCUGUGGCUGACUUGAUCCAAUAUCUUCAAACGACGCAUCAAUCGAUCAAAAUGGCUGCCGACCUGAUCAGCGAAGUCUCCAAGAUCCGUCUGCGCGAUACAUCGCGAGAUUCAUCGGGGACAAAGAAUAUUUCCAUAUUUUUGGGACACCUCGCCACGUUAAUGCCGUCGACAGUGCUAGGCAAUUUGAGUAUCGUGCUACCAUUGCUGGAUGCAGAGUCAUAUUACCUUCGCAACGCCGUGGUGACAGCAGUUACUCACAUCUUGAUGGCCGAUUUCCAUGCAAGAGACAGAACAACGGACGACGAAGGUGCGCAAGUGAAUGAGGAAAACCAGCAAUCGUCGCAGUUUCGUCCACUAUCCAGACAACGGCGAGAUACAUUGUUUGGUGUGCUUGAAGAUCGCGUCCACGACAUCAACUCAUUCGCCCGCAGCCACGUAUUGAAAUGCUACAAGGACUUAACAGAAGAAGGCGCUGUGCCGUUGCGCCAUAUGCACAAGCUGCCAAAGAUUGCAGUGGAACGCAUGCAAGACAAAACGUCCGGUGUGCGAAAGUAUAGCAUUGAGCUGCUGUGCGUGCUGCUGGAGCACAACCCGUACAGAGAAACUCUGGACCGAAGUUAUUACGAAGAGCAGAAGAAACAACUCCUAGUUACGUACACUUCCAAGAAGAAACAAAUCAUGGAGGACGUCGAGGAACAACUAAAUCGACGCCUCAGUGGUCUGAAUGUAAACGAGUCUCAAGCAUCCACGAGCGAAGAAGAAAAGGAAAUCGAACUGCAGAAGCUGGAGCGCCUGCUGCUAUUUCACACCCAAGCAUUAGAAUUUAUUGACACACUGGAAACCGAAGCAAUCCCCCUCUUGAUCCAGCUCCUCGGAAGUGCGGCCAUCACAGAUGUCCUUGAGACAAUUCGGUUCUUCCAUCAAGCGCAUGCGUUUCGAUUGCACCAAGCCACUCAAGGCAUUCGAGCUAUGCUCAUGUUGAUUUGGCGAUCAGACCCCAAGAUCCAAGAGCUUGUAUUGAAGACUUUUCAGUCGAUCUUGUUUUACAAGCCCCAAACGGAUUUGCUGGUGUCACCUCAACAAGCUGCACAAACUCUGCUUACGUUGCUCGAUGGUUGCACAGUGAGCGAUGCAACUUGUCUGGAACAGCUCCUUGGCGUGAUGAAGUCCAAAGAGCUCGUGCCUCAACGAGUUGUCUCGGCGUUGUGGGACUUGUGCUCCGAUGAGUCGUCCUGCAACACGAUCGGGCAUGCGAUUUGGUUGCUUUCAAUGUUGAAGAUCCCACCACGACUCGAUACCUUGUUGGAGUAUGGACUUGGUGCUCGUGCGCGAGAGGAGCACAAAUGGUUGUGUGUUCGUGCCACGUCGCACAUGCUGCAAAAUUGGAACUUCAAAGACAAGACCAUGAUCCCAGACGGAAUUGAACCGCUCGUCGUCAGUCUCCAGACGUUCUUGACCAUGAUUGACGAAACCAACGUCGAGUGGUUUGACGCUGCCCAACAAGCUAUUGAGGCUCUCUUUCACGUGUGCCAGUUUCCAGAGCAGCCAUGCGGAGAUAUCAUUGCAACAUGGUCCACAGCGCUGUUCCCGACGGACGAAGAGGAUCACGACGAAGCCGUCUGUUCAGCUUCGGAAUUGUCCAAGUUUGUGUUCAUCCUUGGCCACGUCGCGAUUCGAAUGGCUGUGUACGUGGAAUCGUUGGCGAGUUCUGUGAAAGAUGCGCGCAAUAAACUACAAAUCGCGGACAAACAACAGUCAAGUAUGGAAGAAGAGCUCGGGUUGCACGCUGAAAUUGAAGCCGAAGAGGAUGAGUUUCUCCACGCAUUGACACAAAACGAUCUUGUGGGGCGCAAUCUGUUGGGAGCAUACGGCCCAAUUCUCAUCCGACUCGUUGCCAAUGACGAUGGCACCUUCGACGACGAGUUAAUCAAGGAAACGGCGACCGUGGCUUUGUGCAAAUUCAUGUGCAUUUCAGCCGAAUUCUGUGAAAAGAACCUCCCAUUGAUCUUCACGCGACUCAAGGAGUGCGAGCAACCAUCGGUACGAUCCAAUAUUGUUGUGGCGCUGGGGGAUCUGAGCUUUCGGUUUCCCAACUUGGUGGAGCCAUGGACGUCCCAUAUUUAUGCCCGACUUCGGGACGUCAAUGUUAACGUACGCAAGAAUACCAUCAUGGUGUUGACACACUUGAUUCUGAACGACAUGGUCAAAGUGAAGGGACAGGUUAGCGAAAUCGCUCUCUCCUUGGUGGAUGAAGACAAACGAAUAUGCGAACUCGCGAAACUCUUUUUCCACGAGUUGUCCAAACGAGGAAACAAUCCAAUUUACAACAUGCUUCCAGAUACUAUUGGGCGGCUGUCGACAAGCACCACUCUGUCAAAGAAGUCGUUUCAAGAAAUAACCAAAUAUCUCUUGGGAUUCAUUCAAAAAGACAAGCAAACAGAGAGCUUGGUUGAGAAGCUCUGUCAUCGGUUCGUCACUACAGCAGAGGUGACGCAUUGGCGGGACCUAGCAUAUUGCUUGUCCAACUUGACGCUCAAUGACAAAUCACUGAAGAAACUGGUGGAGCUCCGGAAAAUGUUCAAGUCGUGCUUGGUCGAUGAUGGGGUUUUCGAAUGUUUCCAGCAGUUGGUGGCCAAGGCGAAAAAGUUUUCGAAGGCCGAAGCAAAAGAAACGUUGGACGAACUAGAAAACGUCAUCAAUGCCAUUCACUCGGGCGAGAACAUUGACGACAACGACAAUAUCAUCGACUUGCCACACAAGAAGGCAGAAAAGAUCAAGACGCCCCGAAAGGCCAAGAAGGUCAAAGGUGUCACUGAGAAACCAAAUAAUCCCAUCGAGACCGAUGACGACGAAAACGUCGAUGCGAUGCCCAAGCGACUUCAGAGAAAAGCAAAAGAGAAACCAAAGCAAGUUAACGAGGCUGUUGACAGCGAUGACCAAGACAAUGCUGGAGAGGCAAGUGUCGGUGAGAAUAAUGAAGAGGACGAUGAGCCAAUUGUUGAACGAGCAAAGCCGGGGAAGCGGAAAAAGGCCGAACUUCCACGCGAAAAGCCAAAGCAGGCUAAGAAAAAAAAGUAAACAUGUGUUACAUUUUGAUG